UGUUCUGUGGACUCCAAUCCAACCUCUCAAUUUAAGUGGUUUCACAAUGGUGCCUCUCUUCUACUAAACAGCCAACAAAUUACCAUCAGUAAUAUUUCUACGAACCACACCGGAAAUUACACUUGUCAGGCAAAUAACAAUGUAACACUAAGGUACAAUGAAGCGACCAUGGAAAUCCAAGUUAUAGAACAAAUUUCCAGUGUCAGAGUUCUGGCCAAUGCUUCGAACCCAGUGGAAGGUACUGAGAGUGUGUCCGUGACUUGUGACGCCUCUGGCCUCAUUCACUCCCGAGUGUGGUUCAAAGAUAAACAAGCUCUCGAGAGCAACGAGCGGAUUCUCAUGUCUCCCAACAACGAUACCUUGACUAUAAAGCUGGUGAACAGAAGGGACACUGGGGAUUACUGCUGUUUGGUUCAAAAUCCUGUCAGCAAUGCGACAGCUACAUUCAACAUAGAGGUUGUCUAUGGACCAGACGACUCCAGCAUUAUCCCUCCCGGACCAGUGACUGCGUUCUUGGGACAAACUAUUAUCCUGUAUUGCUCUGCGACAUCCAGCCCUGCAGCAGAGUAUAAAUGGUACAGAGGGAAUACUGUGCUACAGGCAGGACCCGCACACACCAUUGCUAACAUUACCUGGAACCAGAGUGGGAAUUACACAUGUCUGGCUCACAACAAAGUGACUGACAACUUCAUCUACACCAGUGUGGACUUCAUUGUGACAGAUUCUGUUGGUGCUCAGGAUCAGAGCGCCACCAUCGCAGCCAUCACUCUCGGGGUUAUAUUGUUUGUGAUCAUCAUUCUCCUGAUUGCUGUUGUCGUCUACAGACAGUGUGGGCAUUCUGCUGGAGAUCCCGGAAUCUCUUCAACACGCAAUGAGGCACGAACAAUCUACCAGAAUGAGUCCUUCCAUAUGGGGAACCAGGAUAAUGAGGUCCCAGAUCGUCCAUAUGAGAGAAUAGGACCACAAUCUUCAGAGGACAGCAACCUGACAGUUGCUGCUCCCAAAGUGUAUAAGAACAUCAACAAUGUGCAAAGAGCAAAGAACAAAAGAUUACCACCAGAACCUGAUGCUGACGCCAGUACGUCAGGAGGACAAGAUCAUGAGGGAGAAGAUGCUAUACGUCAAUGAAUAUUCAUCGUAGGAACACAGGAGGCCAUUCAGCCCCUCAAGCCUG